AUGGACCCACAUCUCGACCCGACAACCGCUCUGGUCAAUCCAGACAUGGACAAGAACGCCAGCCCCAUGGAGGUGGAGGAGCCGGUGUCUGUUCACGAUGCCAAGGCCUUUGCCGAGAAGCACCUCGCCGAUCUCGGCCAAGAAGAGGAGGAUUUUGCCGUCUGUACGUGGAAGAUCAAAGGGUGGCGAACACUAGACAAGAGGAUCACCGGCCCAGAAUUUGAGUGCGGUGGUCAUCGCUGGCGCAUCCUCCUCUUCCCCUUCGGCAACUCGAAUGGCCAACCUAACGAUAUGGUCUCGGUCUAUCUCGACUAUGCUGAUCCCAAGGGCAGUCCCGAGGGCUGGCACGUCUGCGCACAAUUUGCCCUCGUCAUCUCGAAUCCACAAGAUCCCACAAUCUUCUCCACCAGCCAAGCACACCACCGCUUUACCGCAGAGGAGAUGGACUGGGGCUUCACCCGCUUCAACGAACUCCGCAAGCUCGCCGUACCCACCGACGGCCGCAGCCGACCCAUCAUCGAAAACGACUGCGCCGACGUCACCGCCUAUGUCCGCGUCCUCAAGGAUCCUACGGGCGUGCUCUGGCACAACUUCAUCAACUACGACUCGAAGAAGGAGACCGGUUACGUAGGCCUCAAGAACCAAGGCGCCACCUGCUACAUGAACUCGCUGCUCCAGUCGCUCUUCUGCACACACUACUUCCGCAAAGCCGUUUAUCAAAUACCCACUGAAGGCGAUGUACCUUCCGACAGCGUCGCACUGGCGCUUCAACGUGUCUUUUACCUGCUGCAGACCUCGGAUCAGCCUGUCGGCACCAACGAGCUCACCAAGUCGUUCGGCUGGAAGUCGCUCGACAGCUUUUUGCAGCACGAUGUCCAAGAGUUCAACCGUGUCCUUCAAGAGAAGCUCGAGACCAAGAUGAAGGGCACUGCAGCCGACGGCGCCAUCUCUCGUCUCUUCGUUGGCAAGAUGAAGUCGUAUCUCCGCUGCGUCAACGUCGACUACGAGUCGUCGCGCUCCGAGGACUUUUACGACAUCCAGCUCAACGUCAAGGGCAUGAACAACCUCGCCGACUCGUUCCGGGACUACGUUCAGACCGAGAUGCUCGAAGGCGACAACAAGUAUCACGCCGAAGGCUACGGUCUGCAAGAUGCCAAGAAGGGCGUCAUCUUUGAAAAGUUCCCCCCCGUCCUCCACCUACAGCUCAAGCGAUUCGAGUACGACAUUGAAAAGGACUCGAUGGUCAAAAUCAACGACCGCCACGAGUUUCCGCUCGAGAUCGACCUCGCCGACUACCUCGACAAGGAGUCCCCGCUCAGCAAGGAGGACUGGAAGUACAAGCUGCACGGCGUCCUCGUCCACUCGGGUGAUCUGCACGGCGGGCACUAUUUUGCGCUGCUCAAGCCCGAGAAGGACAGCAAGUGGUUCAAAUUUGAUGACGACCGCGUCACCCCCGUUACCGAGAAAGAGGUGCUCGAAGACAACUUUGGAGGCGAGAUCCCCAACGGCCAUCCCGCCGGCCAGAUCGGCGCGCGUGCGCCCGUGCGUGCCAUGAAACGCUUCACCAACGCUUACAUGCUCGUCUACGUACGCGAGCGCGACAUUGACGAGGUGCUCAAGCCCAUGGCGCCAGAAGACACGCCCGUACACCUGCGUCAACGACUCGAGGACGAGCGACUCCAGAUGGAGGCCCGCAAGCGUGAGCGCGAGGAGCAGCACCUCUACCUGACCGUCAAGCUCAUCACCGAAGAUACGUUCCGCGGCCACCAAGGUUUCGAUCUCGCUACGUUCGAGGAGCGCAACCUCCCUGCCACCGAUCUCCCCACCUUCCGCGUGCUCAAGAACGAGCUCUAUCUUAACUUCAAGUCGCGCAUCGCGGCCCAGUACAACUUGCCCGAGGACCUCAUCCGCAUGUGGGUGCUGGUCAACCGCCAGAACAAGACGGUGCGACCAGACACUGUGGUGCCCGAGAACGACCCCAACCUCACGCUCGAGACGGUGCGCGACCGCAUGGCCUCGCGCCAGCACGAUCUGCGCCUCUUCCUCGAGGUGGUCAACGGCGACCUCCCCAGCAACGAGGCCAACCCGUCGAUGAUGAUCUUCCUCAAGUACUUUGACACGUCGCGACAGACGCUGCUCGGUGUCUCACGUGUCUACGUGCAGCGCCACAUGAAGGUCGGCGACCUGGUGCCCACCAUCAACGAGCUCAUGCGCUGGCCGCCAACCACACAAGUCAAGCUGUUUGAGGAGAUCAAGCCGGGCAUGAUCGAGCAGAUGAAGCCCAAGGCGACGUUUUCGCAGAGUGAGAUCCAGGAUGGCGAUGUCAUCUGCUUCCAGAUCGAGCUUUCCGAGAAGGAUGCGCACGACUACGAGUCGCAGUCGCUCUACUCGAAUCCGAUCCAGUUCUACGACUUUUUGCAGAACCAGAUCAAGGUGCUCUUCAAGCCGCGCUUCGACGACGUCGAGUACAAGACCGAGUUCGAGCUGACGCUCAGCAAAAAGAUGACGUACGACAUGAUGGCGGCCAAAGCGGGCGAGCGUCUCAAGCACGACCCCUUCAAGCUGCGCUUCACCACGGGCAACGGCCCCAACGGCUCGCCCAAGACCGUGCUCAAGCGCACCGCCAACCAGACGGUCAACGAAAUUGUGUCGCCAAGCUACAUCCAGGGCCAGGCAUCGCUGCUGUACUAUGAGCUUCUCGAUGUGAGCAUCAUCGAGCUCGAGACCAAGCGCAACCUCAAGAUCUUCUGGACGGGCGCCAACAACAAGGAGGAAUCGCCGCACCAGUUCCUCUUGCCCAAGACAGCGACCAUCUCGGAAGUGACGGAUCAACUCGCCAAGCAGGUCAAGCUGACGCCAGGUGGCAGCGGCAAAGUUCGUCUAUUCGAAGCCAUCCUCAACGGGCGUCAGCAGCGUGAGUUCAUCGGCGUCGAGAUGAUCGGCAACAUUCCCGACAACGCCGAGCUUUUCGCCGAGGAAGUUCCGCUGGACGAGUUGAACCUAACCGAAGACGACAAGAUCAUCAACGUCUUCCACUUUACCAAGGAGCUUGGCCGAACGCACGGCGUGCCGUUCCGCUUUGUGGUGAAACGCAACGAGCCGUUCGUCGAGACGCGUAAGCGUCUGCAACAGCGCCUCGAGGUGCCCGAGAAGGAGUUUGCCAAGUUCCGAUUCGCCUUGGUGCAGUCGUCGACGUACAAGCAGCCGACCUACUUGGAAGACGACGAUCUGUUGUACGAGCACAAGUUCCAGCCGGACGACGCGCUGGGUCUCGACCACACGGACCGCUCCGGCCGCGCAGGCAGAUUCGGCAACAACGUCGUUCAGGAUAAAGGUAUUCGCAUUCGCAGCUGA